AUGGAUAAAGAUGGUAAAAAAUUUGAUCGAGUAUCAAGAUUUACAGGACGUAGUGAAUCAGGUGAUGUGGGAUUAUUACUAGAUGUUAAUACAGAUCUAUAUGCUUUGGAUAUUGGUGACAAGAUAGAGUUGUUAUUAUCAACAGGUUUAACAAUGAAUUCUGAAAAAAUAGAUGAAAGUAUGGUUAUUGAACGUGAAGAUAUUUCACAAAGAGUUUCUUGGCAAGGAAAGGGUUUGAAUGAACCAGAUUUAUCAGAUAAUUAUGAGUAUGUUAUGCAUGGUAGAGUUUAUAAAUAUGUUGAAUAUCAAGCUGGAAGAAUGUAA